UUUUUUAAUUUGUUUUCCUCUCUCAUAAAAAUUCAAUCUUUUCCCAAAAGGGGUCUUUUUUUACAAAUACAAGACUCCUUUCUUUCCCCCUCAAACUCUAUAAAAAUCCAAUCUUUUUCCAAAAAGGGUAUUUUACAAAUUCAAGACUCCUUUCUUUUCCCUUAAACUCUAUAAAAAUCCAAGCUUUUCACAAUUUUUUCCCAAAAGGGGUAUUUUUUUACAAGUUCAAGACUCCUGUUUUUUUUUUGUUUUUUUUUUUUAUAUCAUGGAGAAUAUAGAAGAAGGAUUGUUAUUGAAAGAAAGAGAAUUAGUAAAAUUGAGAUGGGAAGUAAUUUGGGAGGAAGUGAAGGAAGUUGGUUAUUUGGCUGGACCAAUGAUAGCUGUGACACUUUCAAUGUAUUUGUUGCAAGUUAUAUCAAUGAUGAUGGUUGGUCAUUUGGGUGAACUUUCUCUCUCAAGUACUGCCAUUGCUCUUUCUCUUGCUGGAGUCACUGGUUUCAGCUUUCUUAAUAUAGAAGAAGGAUUGUUAUUGAAAGAAAGAGAAAAUCAUAAGGGUGGUGUUGAAUUGAGAUGGGAAGUAAUUUGGGAGGAAGCAAAAGAAGUUGGUUAUUUGGCUGGUCCAAUGAUAGCUGUGACACUUUCAAUGUAUUUGUUGCAAGUUAUAUCAUUAAUGAUGGUUGGUCAUUUGGGUGAACUUUCUCUCUCAAGUACUGCCCUUGCUCUUUCUCUUGCUGCAGUCACUGGUUUCAGCUUUCUUUUAGGAAUGGCCAGUGCACUAGAAACUCUUUGCGGACAGGCUUUCGGAGCUAAGCAAUACCAAAGACUUGGUACUCAAACAUAUACAGCCAUUUUGUCUCUCUUCAUUGUUUGCAUUCCUCUCACGGUCUUAUGGAUACAUAUGGGAAAAUUGCUUACAUUCAUCGGGCAAGAUCCUCAGAUUUCUCACGAAGCCGGAAAGUUCAUUAAGUGGCUUAUUCCUGCUCUCUUUGCUUAUGCGAAUCUUCAGGCACUUGUUCGGUACUUUCAGAUGCAAACUAUGAUUGCUCCAAUGCUCAUAAGCUCUUGCAUUACGAUAUGCUUCCACAUACCGUUGUCUUGGGUGCUAGUGUUUUACUCUGGCUUAGGUAAUAUUGGUGCGGCGGUGGCUAUUGGUAUAUCGAUGUGGUUGAAUGUGAUAAUCCUUGCUUCGUACAUGAGGUUGAAUUCUGCUUGUGCAAAAACCCGUGCACCAAUGUCAUGGGAGAUAGUCACAGGAAUGGGAGAGUUUUUUCGAUUUGCUAUCCCUUCUGCCAUCAUGAUUUGUCUUGAAUGGUGGUCGUUUGAGCUGCUUAUCUUGCUAUCCGGGCUAUUGCCGAAUCCCCAACUUGAAACUUCAGUGCUAUCCAUAUGCCUGAACACCAUUUCAACCCUUUAUGCAAUUCCAUUUGGUCUCUCUGGUGCUGUAAGCACUCGAGUUUCUAAUCAAUUAGGAGCUGGAAAUCCCCAAGGAGCUCGUGUAUCCGUGGUUUCUGUAAUGCUCAUAGCAGCCACAGAGACAAUAUUAGUAAGCACAACUCUAUUUGCCUGUCGAAACGUAUUUGGCUACAUUUUCAGCAAUGAGAAGGAAGUCGUGGACUAUGUCGCAAGCAUGGCUCCUCUUCUCUGUCUAUCGGUCAUAACUGACAGCUUGCAAGGAACCCUUUCAGGUGUCGCGAGGGGAUGUGGCUGGCAGCAUAUUGGAGCCUAUGUCAAUCUUGCUUCAUUUUACCUAUGUGGAAUUCCUAUUGCUGCUUCAUUGGCUUUUUGGCUCAAUUUUCGGGGGAAAGGCUUGUGGAUCGGCGUACUUUCUGGUGCAGCUCUGCAGACUAUUCUACUCUCUGUGAUCACUUGCUGCACAAAUUGGAAAAAACAAGCUGCAAUGGCAAGGGAGAGGCUUCUUGCUGAUGAAAAAUUAUCUAAUGAUAACAGGCUGAUGUAAUUGAGAGGCCUAUAGAUGAAUUCAGCUACACACUAUUGGAAGUCUUGAAGGAGUUACAGAAGGUUGAACUAAAAGAAAGAAGAGAGGUUCCAAUUUAGUGGAAAUUUUACCGGUUGUCACCUUUUUUCGGGGACAGAUGUUUAGUAAAUGACACUCUUUUUAUUUCUUUUGCAACUUGUGACGGUAAACUGAACGAUCCGUAGGAAUAUACUUUUUAUGCAAUUGAACACUAAUGAGAUAUAUUAUUAGAGAUUCAAUCAGAAA